ACAGAGAAAUCGAUUGUCUAGGACUCUCAAUCGUUCCCUGCACACACCAAUCCUCUCGACAUACAUCAAUAUCUUUCCAGUAAUAUGGCUUCAAGACGAGCUCUUCACUUUGUUUUCAAAGUUGGUGACAGAACUAAAACUGCGACAUUUUACCGAGAUGUUCUGGGCAUGAAGAUUUUACGCCAUGAGGAAUUUGAGGAAGGUUGCAAAGCGACGUGUAAUGGCCCCUACGAUGGGAAAUGGAGCAAAACAAUGGUUGGAUUCGGUCCAGAGGAUGACCAUUUUGUUGCUGAACUGACAUACAAUUAUGGGGUGGGAGAGUAUCACCUUGGCAAUGACUUCUUGGGGCUCACUCUGCAGUCCAGCAAAGCUGUCAGCAAUGCUAAACGUCUGGGGUGGCCCCUCACUGAGGUAGGGGAGGCUCUGUAUCUGACCCAGGCUCCAGGAGGAUAUCCUUUCUACAUUGUGGACAAAGAUCAGCCGGCCAGUGACCCUGUGCAGACGGUUUGUCUCGGAGUAUCAGACCUCCAGAGAUCAACACACUACUGGACCAAUCUCUUGGGAAUGAAGAUGAUCGAAAAGAACGAGGAAAAGAAAACAGUGCUUAUGGGAUUUGCAGACACUCAAUGUAAACUAGAGCUGAAAGAUACCUCUGGGACUGUAGAUCACGGAUCAGCAUUUGGAAGAAUAGCAUUCUCAUGCCCACGAGAGCAGCUGCCUGACCUUGAAGCCUUGAUGAAAAAGGAAAAUCAGAAAAUUCUCACUCCAUUAGUCAGCCUGGACACUCCUGGAAAAGCCACAGUAGAAGUGGUUAUUUUGGCUGACCCAGAUGCUCAUGAAAUUUGCUUCGUGGGAGAUGAGGCUUUCAGGCAGCUGUCCAUGGUGGACCCCAAAGGAAAUGAAUUGCUUGACAAGGCCAUGGAUGAAGAUAAAAGUAACGAGUGGUUUGCCAAACACAACAAACAGAAGGCUGCUGCAUGAGAUGGGGGUAUAAGAAAAAGUGUUCACCAUCAGUUUUCUCAUCCCUUGAUUUGAUGAUUAGUUCUUGUACAGGAAACCUUCUUAUAAUGACUAUCAACAUUCCUGGGGCUUGCAGUAUGAGAUUUGUUAAUCCCUGGAAGCUUGCAAUGAAGCACUUAAAAGUCACUUUUUUUUAACCUGAUGAAUCUUUUUUCCCAAUAAAUCCUAUAAGACAAAGA